AUGGAGGCUCCGCGGGGAUCCCCGCGUCGGGUGCCGGAGACCCCUCCGCCCUCCCCGGGGCCGCCUCCGCCGCCCCCUCUCCCGCCCCCUCCCAACCUGGCGCUGCCGGGGAAGCAGCAGCGCGAGGAGAAAAGAGCGGCGCUGAGUAAAGUAGUUAUACGUCGGCUACCUCCUAGCUUUACCAAGGAACAGCUGGAAGAACAGCUCCAUCCACUUCCUGCCCAUGAUUAUUUUGAAUUCUGCACAUCUGAUCCCAGUCUUUAUCCUCACCUCUACUCAAGAGCAUAUAUUAAUUUUAGAAAUCCUGAUGACAUCCUUCUUUUUAGAGAUCGUUUUGAUGGCUAUGUCUUCAUUGACAAUAAAGGUUUAGAGUAUCCUGCUGUGGUUGAAUUUGCACCAUUCCAAAAGAUUUCAAAAAAGAAGCUGAAAAAGAAAGAUGCAAAAGCCGGAAGCAUAGAAGAUGAUCCAGAAUACAGAAAAUUUUUAGAAAGUUAUUGUGCCGAAGAAGAAAAAAUCUGUGCCAACCCUGAGACCCUGUUGGGAGAGAUUGAGGCAAAAACGAGGGAACUCAUUGCUAGAAGAACAACACCCCUUUUGGAAUAUAUUAAAAAUAGAAAAUUAGAAAAACAGCGAAUACGUGAAGAGAAAAGGGAAGAACGAAGGAGGAGAGAAUCAGAAAAGAAACGUCUAAGGGAAGAUGAGAAACGAAAACGCAGAGAGGAAGAAAGGCGUAAAAGAAAAGAAGCAGAAAAGCAAAAGAAAAUUGCUGAAAAAGAAAUAAGGAUCAAGCUUCUUAAGAAGCCUGAGAAAGGAGAUGAGCAAGCUACAGAAAAACACAGAGAAAAAGACAUAGAAGAAAAUAAAUGGGAGAAAUCUCCAGGGCAUGGGAGCAUAAAAUCCAAGCCACUGGAAGGUUCACUAAAGGAACUGAAGGAAAAGUCACAAAAUGAUAGUGAUAAAGAGCAAAGAGAAUCAGACAGAAGAUUUCGUGAUAAGGAACCAGAGAGACAAAGGUAUAGGUUGGACGAUGGCCGAAAGCACAGAACUCACUAUGAAUUUGACAAGUUUGUGAGAAGGAACGAAGAUGAGCUGAAGUGGGGGAAAGGAUACAACCAAGAUCGAGGGAAGAAAGUGAGCUACAACUACAGCUUCACUGUGGACACAGUAGACAAACUGGGUAAAGAGGACAAGUGUGAUGACAUGGCAUCCAAAAAGGAGCGCAUAAGAAAUAAGGAUCGGCCAGCCAUGCAACUAUACCAGCCAGGAGUUCGCAUUCGAACACAUACGGGGUCUACAAGUAGGUCCUAUGACUGCACUGAAAAGUCUUUGGAAGAUGCUUAUGACAGAAAGUAUGAGGCAGACAAUUCAACCGGAGCUGGUUCUGAGAAGAGCGAAGAUGCAGAAUAAAACAAAAUGGACAAAACAAAGACACAGAAU